AUGGAGGAGGAGGGGAAGAGGGGUGGAGAGGUGGGGGGGGAGAGGAGGAGGGGGGAAGAGGGGGGGAGACGGUGGGGGGGGGGGGCGGAGGGGGAAGAGGGGUGGAGAGGUUGGGGGGGUGGGGGGAGGAGUGAGGGGAAGAGGGGUGGAGAGGUGGUUGUGUUGGGAGGAGAGGAGGAGGGGAAGAGGGGUGGAGGGGGGGGGGGGGGGGGAGAGGAGGAGGGGGAAGGGGGUGGAGAGGGUGGGGGGGAGGAGGAGGAGGGGAAGAGGGGGGAGAGGGGGGGGGGGGGGAGGAGGAGGGGAAGAGGGGGGAGAGGUGGGGGGGGGGGAGGAGGAGGGGAAGAGGGGGGGAGAGGGGGGGGGAGGAGAGGAGGAGGGGAAGAGGGGGGGGGGGAGAGGGGGGGGGGGAGGAGGGAGGAGGAGGGAAGAGGGUGGAGAGGUGGGGGGGGAGGAGGAGGGGAAGAGGGGUGGAGAGGUGGGGGGGGGGGAGGAGGAGGGGAAGAGGGGGUGGAGAGGGGGGGGGGGGGGGGGGGGAGGAGGGGGAAGAGGGGUGGAGAGGUGGGGGGAGGAGAGGAGGAGGGGAAGAGGGGUGGAGAGGUGGGGGGGGGAGGAGAGGAGGAGGGGAAGAGGGGUGGAGAGGUGGGGGGAGGAGAGGAGGAGGGGAAGAGGGGUGAAGAGGUGGGGGGGAGGAGGAGGGGAAAGGGGGGGAGUGGUGGGGGGAGAGGAGGAGGGGAAUAGGGGUGAAGAGGUGGGGGUGGAUGGGGAGGAGAGCAGGGUUGGUGGAGAGGAGAGGAGUGGAGGAGAGUUGGGGUGGGAGGUGGGUUGGGGGGUAGCCCAAGAGGUGGGGAUAGUGGAGAGUUUAAACCCCAAACAUCUGUGGUUCUUAAAAAAAAAAACAGACCCACUACCACAGGACAAAGCCAAAUAAUUAGCUUAACAACAUCUUUGACAAUUAGAUAGUGAUUUCCAAUGAGGGAUUAGCUGUGCUUUAGCACCAGCUGUAAAUAAAUAAUAAAAGCCAGACUCACCAGUAUGCAGGCUGUGGUGAUAAACUAGCACAGCAGAGGUACUCUUCAACUCUGGCUCUCUUAGGCAUUCCCAAAACAUUCUGCUGGAAUGGUUGUAAUAAACUAUACAAGAGGCUACAAGUGUGAGGGGAUUUCUAUUGGUUUCCUAUGACAUUUAUUGUACCUGUGUGCAUAUUACUAUUGAGACUACUCUCUUGAUAUUACACACCCCGGUUAGUGUGAGGAGGGUGAGUGAUAACCCCAGUUAGUGUGAGGAGGGUGAGUGAUAACCCAGUUAGUGUGAGGAGGGUGAGUGAUAACCCCCAGUUAGUGUGAGGAGGGUGAGUGAUAACCCCAGUUAGUGUGAGGAGGGUGAGUGAUAACCCCAGUUAGUGUGAGGAAGGUGAGUGAUAACCCCAGUUAGUGUGAGGAGGGUGAGUGAUAACCCCAGUUAGUGUGAGGAGGGUGAGUGAUAACCCCAGUUAGUGUGAGGAGGGUGAGUGAUAACCCCAGUUAGUGUGAGGAGGGUGAGUGAUAACCCCAGUUAGUGUGAGGAGGGUGAGUGAUAACCCCAGUUAGUGUGAGGAAGGUGAGUGAUAACCCCAGUUAGUGUGAGGAGGGUGAGUGAUAACCCCAGUUAGUGUGAGGAAGGUGAGAUCGUCUGACUGUCUCUGUCCCAUAGCUCUGUCCAAAAACUACCCUCCUCUCUUGCUCUCUCUCUCUCUCUCUCUCUCUCUCUCUCUUUACUCAGCUCUGAUGGUCUCCAGGCUACUGUAAAACAGUUUCACAACACAGCUUGAGGCUGAGAGAGAGAGAGAGAGAGUGUCUCAGUGACAAGCCAGGAAUUAAUGGAAAAUGACAAUGUUGGCUGGAUGUCUUUGGUACUCAGGUACCGGCUUCAGCUUGUUUUGAAACUCAGAGGCACAGUGAUAGAAUAUGUCUCCCUCCAAUUCCUUGGUAACAGAAUUAUGCUUAAAUGUACACCAAACCAAAACCAUUGAUUUCAAAGUUUAACAAACCAUACAACUGGUGGUAGACAGGAACCCUUUAUUCAAAGAGGGACACCCCCUGUUUAUCCAAGGAGGGACACCCCCUGUUUAUCCAAGGAGGGACACCCCCUGUUUAUCCAAGGAGGGACACCCCCUGUUUAUCCAUCCUCAAAGCCUCUGAUAUGACUGCCUGUCUCUCUCUUACAAUCUUUAAAUCAAUAAGGCAUUAUCACCAAUUAUGGUGCAACAAAUCUUGAGGUCAUCAUUCAGUGAAUCCAUUAUUUGUGUAUGUCAUGAGUCCUGCCAAGUGCCAACAAAGGCAUUUCUAACUUCCUUUUCCGGUUAGUCUCUUUCUGCGCCCCUCCCCUAGGUGACGUAAUUGAAACAGUUUCAUUGGUGGUUGGGCGGUGCACUCAGAGAUUCAGGAGGGUAUUCUCCUCCUCCCCCAUCACUGUCGCCGGGAUACUGCUGGUAAGAUGCCCUUUAAAUGAUAUUCAUUGUUUUCAUUGGUUAAAAAUAACUCUAUUGUUAUGAUUAACAUUCAUAUAUUUCGUGCUGAGAGGACAAAUGUUUUAAUUGUGUCAGUCAGUUUUAACCUCUAAUUAGACUACGCACUAGGUUGACUAUCGUAUUCUAGCCUGUAUUCAACUAUUGAGUGUACUACAGCGCGAGCAUCGUGUAGCUUGCCCUUUUUCUGUCGCUCGCUCCUUUAUUUGCGGUUUUCUCCGUUCCAUCCGGUUGAGUACUGUCUCAUCGAACGUGUCGGACGGCUGGAGUGGAAUGACUGGCACGAGCCUGACAGAUAUUCAAAACACUUUCCCUCGAGCCUUGUCUCGACGAUGCUUGCUUCUGGAGGUCGGGGCUCGGAAGAAUCCUGUCUUUAAAAGAAUGAGAGAGAGAGAGAGAGAGAGAGAGAGAGAGAGAGAGAGAGAGAGAGAGAGAGAGAGAUCAACAGUCAGACGGCUGGACACAUGCUUCAGCCCAGUGCAUUUAAUUGGCUGAUGAGAUUUCCAUUCCCUGCGUGUGUAUGGGCUAGUAGCCUAGUAGGCCUAGUCUGAUGGUGUUGAGAGGAGAGAUGGUUUGCCUCUACUGAAACCUUAUUUUGGGUGGAUUGCUGAGUGUUGUUAUGAAGGUUUCCUUUACAUACAAUAUUAAUUUCAGAUACGUUCUAUAUUUAAAGACCUCUCAAAAUAGAAUGUCCUCUCGUUUAGCCUACUUGAGUCUACUUUCAAGAAUCGCAUGAAAGCAAUCAACUCGGGCUUCUCCGCUUCGUCUUCUUCUUCUUUGCAUUUGUACUUAAAUAACGAUGUGUCAACUGGGUUAUUUUCAGCCAGAAGAACACAGCGCGGGGAGGGACUGUCUGGGUGAUGUGAUGUGGAAGUAGACUAGGCUAUUGAACUGAACGUCCAUCCUCCCUAUAUGGCACCAUGAACCCUGCAUCAAGCGGCGCUGCCCGACUCGCGCAGCCAGCUAGACAAUAGCAACAGAAAGCAGCAGCAACAGCGCGCUUCCUCUCCGGCUGGCGGCAAAGACACUCGAUCUAAAGAGACACCGAAAAGCAGCACUCCGUCAAAAGAGCAACACGUCAAAGCAGUGCGGAGGAGGGAGAGGCAGCCGCGGCAGCUCUCCGGUCUCCACGGCAACCAGCAAACACAGACAGUCUUCUUCUUUCACACGCGCGGCAGGCGUGGCAGGCGCGGCCCCUGUCCAGCCCGAAAGGUGCUGAAAUCCAGACGUUGAGCAGGGCGGCGGCGGCGGCUGGGAGCGGCAGAGGUGCGGCAGAGGAGGGCAGUGGUCAGUCUGAAGACUCGCGUUGUACUGACAUAUCGUGCUUUAAGUGGGAUACAACACGGGUUGUUUCUGAUCAGCCUUGUUCAUCCAAAUCUCCUAAACUGAAGAACAAUAACCCGAGAGGAGGUGGAGGAGGAGGAGCUUAG